CCCAACCCAAAAUAGACUCCCAGCCCAGCAUCACCAGCCUCUCCCACACCUCUCAGCAGCCCUGGGCUGUCACGGUGGCCAAAGUGGCUGCCAGGAGGAAUUUCCCCUCACCACUCGCCCCUCAUGGAGAGAUCCAAGCGGUUCUUUCCACGGGGAUGGUUCAGAGAUGUCAUGGAAAGCCUGGCAGGGGUUGGUAUAAAUCACCCAGGGCUGCAGGCAGGAGGGCAGGCAUCUCCUGGUGGGCUGAGCAGAACCAGAGCUGCUGGUGCUGACAGAACCUCGGGGUGGACAUGAGGAUCUCCUUGGCCCUGCUCGUCCUGCUGCUGGCAGCUGCCUGGACUGGAAGCCACGGGAUGUCCUUCCGCAGCCUCAGAGCCAAGUGCUGCUCCAAGGAAAUGUUCUACCACCGGAAAAUCCAAGAGUCCAGGAUCGUGGGCUACCUGGAAACACCUUCCACCUGCACCCACAGGGCUGUCUUUGUGAAGCUGCUGAAAGGGAUGGUCUGUGUGGACCCAGACAAGAAAUGGUUCCAGGAGUACCUGAGGAAGCAGAAGAAUCCAAACAGCACCUCCACGUGAAGCUGCCUUCCCCAAACCUCUAUUUAAUUGUACCCCAUAGUUCUCUGUGUGUGUGUUUUUGUGUCAUUAAUUUACAGAGCUGGCUCUGUCCCCUUCCC